AUGUCUAAUACAGGAAAACGACAGCAACAACAAAUUGCUCACUAUCAGCAUGUUAAAAAUAUGACACCGAAAACAGAAAUCCGUAAUCAAUAUGCUGGCACAACAACUGGCAUACUGGAUGAAAAAGAGGCCGAUACAACAGAUGGCGGCCUGGCCAAGGAUAUACAAAAAUUAAAGCAAGCCGAUCAACGUAAAAGUGAAAUUGUUUGGUUAAAUGUUGUCUUGUUUGGAAUUAUUACCAUAUGGGCUCUGUAUGGAUUCUAUUUGUUCUUUUCAUUCUCCAUAAAAUGGCAGUCAUAUGUUUUUGCCUUUGCUGUCGCCUACAUGAGCGGUUUUGGUGUUACAGUCGGUGCCCAUCGCCUAUGGUCUCAUCGUGCCUACAAAUCAAAACCGGCCAUGGAAAUAAUGCUAAUGAUUUUCAAUUGUAUGGCUUUUCAAAAUUCCAUAUACGAUUGGUGUCGUGAUCAUCGCGUUCAUCACAAAUUCUCCGAAACCGAUGCUGAUCCUCACAAUGCAAUGCGUGGUUUCUUUUUCUCACACAUGGGUUGGUUAAUGGUGAAGAAACAUCCGGAUGUCAAGACCAAGGGGCAAACAGUGGAUAUGUCGGAUUUGGAAAAGAAUCCCAUUGUUAUGUUCCAGCAUAAAUACUAUAUCCCACUGAUGUUGUCAUUCACAUUUCUAUUACCCACGGUGAUACCCGUCAUAUGGUGGGGUGAAUCGGUGAAGAAUGCCUGGUUUGUUUGUGCCGUUAUGCGUUGGUAUUUCGUUCUGCAUAGUACCUGGUGUAUCAACAGUGUCUGUCAUUUGUUUGGCAACAAACCCUAUGAUAAAAGUUUCAAUCCCGGCGAGAAUCCCUUUAUCUCCACCAUGACCAUUGGUGAAUGUUAUCACAAUUAUCAUCAUGUUUUCCCCUGGGAUUAUAAGGCCGCUGAAUUGGGUGGUUCUUCGGCAAAUUUAAGUUCCUGGUUUAUUGAAUUCUUUGCCAAAUUGGGAUUGGCUUAUGAUCUGAAAACCGUUUCGCCGGAAACCAUAAAGAGACGUGUAUUACGUACCGGUGAUGGUAAUCAUCAUGUAUGGGGUUGGGGUGAUAAAGAUCAGACCAAAGAAGAGCGUGAAUGCGCUGUAAUUAGAAAUAAAUCAUCAUGA